AUGGCAACCAACACUUCAGCAACAGAUUAUUCAUCAGCAGGCACACAGCCACAGAUUGACAGACGACUCCUGGAGGCAGCCACAUCGGGUGAUCCCAGGCGAGUCAAGGAAUUAGUAUCACGGAAUCCAAGCAUUAUACUUGGAACCACUCCACAAGGAAACAGCUGCCUCCACAUAUCCUCUAUGCAUGGUCACAAGGAAUUCUGCGAGGAUGUGCUGGAAAUAGAGGAGUCUCUCCUUUUAAAUGCUAACUUUGAGUCUUUCCUCUCAAAGUUGAAUCUUCAAGGGGAGACACCGCUUGUAACCGCCGUUACACAUGGUCAUGCCUUCGUGGCUUCUUUUUUAGUUGGACGCUGCCAUCGACUAGGAUUGAGACAGGUAAUCUUGCAGCAAGACAAGACUGGUUGUAAUGCACUGCACCAUGCCAUUCACAGUGGCCAUAAGGAACUUGCCCUCGAGUUGAUAGCAGCAGAGCCUGCUCUGUCACGAGAUGUGAACAAAUUUAAAGAGUCACCCUUGUUUCUCGCUGUCAUGAGAGAUUUUUGUGAUGUGGUCGAGAAACUAGUCAGAAUUACUGAUUCUGCUCAUGGAGGAGAGUUUGGCUUGAAUGCUCUACAUGGUGCUGUCAGAAAUGAUAAUCCAGUUAUUGCUAGACAAAUUAUGGAGACACGCCCUGAACUUGCCAGAGAAGGUAACACGGAUUUGGUUACUCCAAUAAGAAUGGCGGUACGUUAUGGCAAGAUGCGCGUGGUGCGAGAAUUGCUGCGACAUGAUUUUUCCUUAGGGUAUGAAAUGCACAAGAACAUCUUUCCUCUGCUUAAUUGUGCCGCAGCUGGAGGUCAGGUUAAUGUUGCUCAAGAAAUUCUCAGACAUUGCCCUGAUGCUCCUUAUCGUGAAAUAGGUGGUGAGACUCGGACAUGCCUUCAUAUAGCUGUAUUGAACAAUCAUAUCGAGUUCGUUAAAUUUAUCCUGAGCACACCAUAUCUUCGAAAGCUUGUUAACAUGCAAGACAGCAACAGAAAAACUGCGUUACAUUACGCAGUCCAGGGGUGCUAUCCUAAAAUAAUUGCUGCCUUACUGUCUCAUGAGGAUAUAGACAGAGCAGUACUUGACAACAGUGCUAAACCAACAGCUUGGGAACUGUGGAUCAAUACGUAUUGCGCCAAAAGCAUAAACUGGAAUAACGUAUGGAUGCUUAAGUUGAAAGGCCGUCCCCAAAAUACCAUGUGUCUUCAAAAUAUUCAUGGUGAUGUCAAGCAAGGAGCAAUUAAUGAAUCAAGCGGGGUAGCAAAGUCACCUUGCCCACUGCUUUCAUUCUGCCUGUAA